AUGGCUGACGUAAAUUUUCAUAGUGGUCCUGCCUACACGCUGGGCAUGCUGCUGCCGCGGAAACAGACUUCACUCCGAGUGCCCGGCCCCAAGUACGACCUGAGCAACUUCACCCGUCACGGACCGGUCAGAGUGAUAGGAGCCUCGCUGGCGUCCAAGUUAAAAGUACAGACUACGCGUACUCCCGGGCCGGCCGCGUACAACACAGUGCCCUGCAUGUCCGCCACAUUGCCCACGAUACCGUUGUGUUUCAUAGGGACGAGACGCGACUGUCUGAAGAAAACCACACGCACGCCGGCGCCGAACGCUUACGCCUUGUCCACUACCAUCGGCAACCAAGCGCCCGACAUGCCGUCCGCGCCCAUGUACACGAUUUCCGGUCGGCCGGCCGAACCAGGACGCGGGGGCGUCGGAAGGCGGGGAGCGGCGUGGUACUCGUCACCGGGACCGGCGCGGUACUCGGCCGUCGCGCUGGACCGUUUCAAAAACCAGACGCCCCGGCCCGUGAUGCUGGGCAGCGUCAAUCAGCGGACGCGCGGAAAUCGCACGCCCGCGCCCAACGCCUACUACCCUGCCACCGACACGGCGUCCCGUUACGCCAACGCGCCGCAGUUCUCCAUCGGCGGCCGUGUAACCCGUGCAAAUUCGUACUACACAGCCGCCGACAAGGUACCCGACUGGGAAUGA